GCGGAGGGAGCGCAGUCGGCGGCCAUGUUGGGAUAGUUUGUUGUUUUCUUCCUGCGGAGGAGAAGGGGCCGGUGUGGACAACGAACCGCCCCGGCCUCUCCUCUCUCCUCCCCCUCCCACCCUGCCCCGGUCCUCGGGUCGUCCCUUCCCCACCUUUCACCCUCCCUUCGGCCCAGGAUCAGGCCUGUUCUCCCCGCCAGCUGGUUUGGUGGGGGUGAGGCCGAGAGCCGAGCUCGGGAGUCACCAUGGCGGCCGCCCUGGGUGCGGGCGGAGGAGCGGGAACCGGAGCCGGAGAUGAUGACUUUGAUCAGUUUGAUAAACCUGGUGCAGAACGGUCAUGGAGAAGAAGAACUGGGGAUGAUGACUGGGACAGUGAACUUGAAGAUGAUUUGCUUGGAGAAGAUUUGCUGUCUGGCAAAAAGAAUCAGUCAGAUUUGUCAGAUGAAGAACUGAAUGAUGAUCUUUUGCAGAGUGAUAAUGAAGAUGAACUAAAUUUCAGUUCUCAGGGUGUCACAAUUAGUCUUAAUACUACAUCUGGCAUGGUUACAUCAUUUGAACUCUCCGACAAUGCUAAUGAUCAGUCUGUAGAACAUGAAUCGGAAUAUGAACAAGGAGAGGAUGAAAUGAUUUAUCACAAAUCCGAUGGAUCUGAGUUGUACCCACAAGACUAUACUGAAGAAGAACAGUAUGAAGGCCAUGAUGCUGAGUUGACAGAAGACCAAAUAGAAUAUGUGGAAGAACAAGGGGAGGAAGAAAUUGACAAUGAUGAAGUGCUAGACAUUGAAAUCAAUGAACCUCUAGAUGAAUUUCCAGAUGAAGAAUACAUGCAGUCUUAUGGUGGGCCGCAAGGAAUGCAAGAGCAAGACUAUGUGGCUGAAGAUGAAUUAGAGGAGAUGGCUGAUUCCCAAGCCGCUCCUGAAUCUGAAGAGGGAGCUAUUGAAACUCUGGAACUCCAAAAGGAAAUUAAAGAGGAAUCUGAUGAAGAGGAGGAAGAUGAUGAAGAAUCUGGACGACAGCGUUUCAAAACUGAACGGAAAGAAGGAACAGUUAUUAGACUUUCAGAUGUACCUAGAGAGAGAAGAAACAUUCCAGAAACUUUGGAACUUUCAGCCGAAGCCAAAGCUGCAUUGCUUGAAUUUGAAGAAAGGGAACGGCAACAUAAACAGGGACGAUAUGGUUCCAGGCGAGGAGGAAGAAGAGGAGGUUCUUUAAUGUGUCGUGGAAUGGGAGAGCAGAGAAGAGAUAACAGUGAAAGAGGAAGAAUAAAAGAUCACAGACCUGGUCUUCUACCUACACAGCCUCCUGUAGUGACUCACUCACCGAGGUUAAUUCCACCACCUCAGCCACAACCACAACCACAACCACAACCUCCACCUCCACCACCUCCGCCACCACCUCCUCAACAGCAACCUAUUAGAAGUCUAUUCCAGCAGCAACAGCUACAGCCUCUGCUUCCCUUACAGCAUCCACAUCAUCCUUCUCCUCCUCAAGGAAUGCAUAUGCCACCCCAAAUGGAAACACCUAGGAUAAUGAUGACCCCACCACCAGUGACCCCUCAACAACCGAAGAACAUACAUAUAAAUCCACAUUUCAAAGGAACAGUAGUAACCCCAGUGCAAGUGCCGUUGUUACCAGUACCCAGCCAGCCCAGACCUGCUGUAGGACCCCAGAGAUUCCCAGUUCCUCCAGAAUUUCCACAACAUACUCCUGGGCCUGUUCCUACGAGUUUCAGCCAGCCCCCACGGCUUCCUCUCCAGGACCAGUGGAGAGCCCCACCACCUCCUCAGGACAGAGACCAUUUCUUCUUAGGAGUUUCAGGAGAACCAAGGUUCCCGAGCCAUCCUUUGUUUGAGCAACGAAGUCCCCCUCCACCACCACCACCUCCCACGAUUCUGAAUAGCAGUCAUCCUGUUCCUACCCAGAAUCCCUUGCCUUUUACUCAACCUGGACCAGCAUUUAAUCAACAGGGACAGCAACCAGUAUUUCCCAGAGAAAGGCCUGUAAGACCAAAUAUUCAACCUCCAGGUCCAGUGGGGAUUCUUCACUUCAACCAACCGGGCUCCGCAAAUACACGGCCUUUCAUUCCUCCUAGACAACCAUUUUUACCUGGCCCAGGACAGCCAUUUCUUCCAACACACACACAGCCUAACAUGCAGGGACCCUUGCAUCCGCCAUUACCACCACCACAUCAACCCCAGCCUCAGCCUCAACAGCAGCAGCAGCCCCAACAUCAACAACAACAGCCCCAGCAUCAACCACAACAUCAUCAGCAUCAGCCCCAACACCAGCCCCCGCUUCAACCCCAACACCAACCUCCUCACCAACCUCCACAUCAGCCUCCACCCCAGCAUCAGCCUCCACACCAGCCCCAACAUCAACCCCAGCACCAACCUCAGCAUCAACCACCACACCAGCCUCAGCAUCAACCUCAGCAGCAUCAGCCUCAGCAUCAGCAUCACCACCACCUUUCUGUCCCACCACCACCUCUGAUGCCCAUGUCUCAGCCACCAUUUAGGCCUCACAUGCAGACUUCUCAGCCCCAGCAAAAUAACAAUAGAAUGCAGUGCCCUCAGCGACAGGGUCCAAGACAUAGUGCAGCUUCACAGAAUGUUGUCAAGCGGCCAAUUCAGCAAAUGCAACCAACUGCUCCAAGAAAUAGCAAUUUGCGUGAAUUACCAAUAGCACCAUCCCAUGUUAUAGAAAUGAGUAACAACCGUUGCUCUACUACACCUGCAGCACAAGUGAAACCAAUUACAAGCACCCCAACCCCUGCAAGAUCUGUUGUAGGUGUCAGAACCCCACAGGGAAAGACGGAAAUGAAAGUUAAACCAGUCAGUCCUGUGGUUCAAGCUAAAGUAGAAGUAAAAACAGAACCAGAGUUCCCUGAUGAAGAUGAAGAAACCAGGUUGUAUCGUUUAAAGAUAGAAGAACAGAAACGUUUAAGAGAAGAAAUCUUGAAACAAAAGGAACUAAGACGGCAGCAGCAGGCUGGUGCUAGAAAGAGGGAAUUGCUUGAAAGACUUGCACAACAGCAACAGCAGCCUUAUACCCCACAGCCUCCAGUACAGCAGGAGGAGCAGACGUCACUCUCACCCACUAAUGGGAGUCCCUUGCUCCCUUAUCCUGGUGCACAAGUUAGGCAAAAUGUAAAAAACAGACUUCUUGUAAAAAAGCAAGACAUCACUAUUACAAAUGUUCAGCCCAAAACUUCAAAUUUUGUACAAGCUGGUGCUAAUUUGCAAUACCAAGGACAACCAAUGAAACCAAUGAAACAGUUGAGACAGAAUAGAACAGUACCUCAAACUCCGGCCCAGCCAUCUCACAAAGUACUUCAAACAAAGCCUCCUGACAUGGAUGAAUUGCCAGCCCCAGUACAGACUACUAGAGUGGCAUCGAUACAAGGCCAGCCCCAGGAAAUGAAACCUGGAAUGAAAAGGACUGUCAUGCAGCGAGCAAACAGUGGUAGUGGAGAUGGGCCACAUGUCAGCUCCAAAGUCAGGGUGAUUAAGUUGUCAGGAGGGCAGGGGGGAGAGAAUGUUGGCUUUUUUCACCCAGAGGGUCAGCCCCAACGACUUCCUCAAUCUCCAGAACUAAGACAGCAUCCUGUUCGCAAAGUCACACUGACAAAGGGAACAACACUUCAUCAACAACAGCAAUCUCCAGUUGCAGCUCACAUACACUCAACUGUUCCUCCAGGAGUUAAAAACAUCCAAGGAAUUCACCCAGCAAAGAAGGUCAUUAUGCAUGGGAGAGGCAGAGGAGUUGCAGGCCAGAUGGGCCGGGGACGCUUGAUGCCAAAUAAACAGAACCUGCGCGUGGUGGAGUGCAAACCUCAGCCUUGUAUUGUGUCAGUUGAAGGGCUUUCUUCAUCAACUACUGAUGUCCAACUGAAAAACCUGCUGAUGUCAGUAGGACCCAUUCAGCACCUGUAUUUGGAAUCCAAAAGACAGAACCUAGUGAAAGUUUACAGAUGCUUCCCCAGCAACGGAAAGCCAUCGCGAAGUUUAAGGAGCCAGCACACGCUUUAGCAUUUCAACAGAAGUUCCACAGGCAUAUGAUAGAUUUGUCCCACAUAAAUGUGGCACUGAUUGUUGAAUGAUUUCCACUAAGAAUAACCGACCCUUAUGCUAUAGAAACUACUGUGGAAUUUUCCCAAGGAGAGGCGAUGGGAGCAGAGUCACAUCAGGAGCCAAGAACUUGGCAGUCUACAAUCUUGCUUAACUGUGGUCUGGAGCUGCCAAAAGCGCAAUGGAUGCCAAGAAAAGCUGAACUUAGAGGACCCAGAAGCAAAUAGGAGUUUGGUGUCCACUUGCUCCCUGUCCUGUUGUAGCCACAAGGAACUAUAGUUUUGGUUUUUUGUUUUGUUUCUGUUUUGUUUUUCUUUUUUUUUUCAAGUGCUUACGAUGCAUGUAGACUUUGUUCUUCAAAAUCUGACUGUGUGAUCACAGUGACUUGGAUUGAGGAAAGAACAUUAACACGUCCCCCAUCCUCAAGAUUUUUUUUUUUUACUAGUAAAGAAUAUUUGAUAAUGGUUGCUCUUAUCUUCAGUAUAGGCUAGAAAAUUAUUUCCUUUUACACACAUUCAUAUCUUCUUAGAAAGACCUCAGAAGUUGUAUGUUAAACACAGAUCAAAAAUUUGGGGAAUAAGUCUGAUAUUUGUUUAGUCUAAAGGGCUUGGAGAUAAAAGGUAUUGGGUUGGGAGUUGUACCAGUUGAAGAGGCAGGUUCUUGUUCUUGUAAAUAAGCGGAAAUCCAGCCUCACAUUUUCUUGGUUCCUAGCUGAAAUUUUCCCUCCCCUCAAUUCUCAAUCCCAGAAUUAAAUAGGUAUAACUGUGAUUUUUCUCAUUGGCUUAUUUUAAAACUUCACUUGCAAGUCCAUAAACUGGUUCCCUACUAGUAUGAGCCACUUCUUUUCUAAGAUGGAACACAUUGGGGUAAUAACACUGGUCAUCACUGUUCUGAUUAUCAUCAAGUCUUUUUGGGAAGGCCUUGGUAUGCACCGCCAUUUGAUAGAUUUAGCAGCAAAGAAAACUUUAAUGUGAAGUGUAAUUCCACACAAAGAGAUGAAUCUCUAAUUGUUGUGGAAGCAUAACAAACACAACCCAAACUGUGAGUCCCCCACUCGGAUUGCUUUUAGUAAGUAUUUUGGCCUGUUUUCUUUUGAUAAGAAACUUAUUCUUUCCAGAGGAGCAAGCUAUAUUAAAGUAGAUUCUGGGCAAACCUUAGUGCCUUAGUUCCAUCUUUGCUCCCAUAUUUUGUGAAGGAUCUUUAUCAUUUGGGAUAGAUAGUGCAAUGGGGAUCUAAACUUAGAGCAGCAUCCUUGGACUUUUGAUUUAGUUUUUGUACUGAAAGUUCCCUCAUCAUGUUGAUAAACCUAUCACAUGAGAGAAGUGGAAAAUAACUCAAUGUACUUUGAUACAUUCACUAGAUAUCUGGCAAAAGGGUCAAACUGUGGAAUUCCCCACACAUGAGUGGUCCUUUAUGCCUCAUAUUCUUUCUUAGAGGAGACAGAAUUCACGUAGCCUUUGUCAUCUGUUUUCUCACAGCGUAGAUUUUGUAUUACCUUUCAAAUUAAGUUAUUUUAAAAAAGUUUUUUUAAGGUUAUAUAUCCUGGAAUUAUGACAUUUCAGACCUUGUUAAGUCUUUCAAGAUGUUAUGAUGUUUGAGACUAGAAAGUAGUCUUAAGUAUAUUCUUUUUUUGAUGACUUCUUGUCCAAAAAUUUGCAUCUCAGCAUAAGGACUUACUAACCAAGAUGGAUAAUAUCUCCAUCAAAAGAGAAAUUAAUAGAUAACUCUCUGUUUCCACAACCAUUAUGGGUCCAUUUGGUUUAAUCGGACGCCUCUACUCCCAAAUCCUAGCAGUGGCAAGGUUCAUUACAGGACAGGAAGCUUGCUGCUUUCACCAUACCUUUCCAUAUUAAAGACCAUGCACAUGGCUUUGCUCUACCUGAGAGAGAUUAUCACUUCCUGUCUCAGGUGUACUUUUCCUGAGAAUGGAUGCUCACACUGACAUUAAAGAGAGCCCUACCACAUUAUUCUUGUACUCAGAGAGCUGCAUUAAAAGGAGCGUGAUGAUAGCAGGCAUAGCAGGCGCAUUUUAGGUAGGAGCCACCUGAAAGUUUUCAAUUCACUGACCUUAAGUAGUAGAUUGGCUUAUAACUUAGUGAGCUUUAUUUUAAUGGGAACUUGAAGCAGAACUUUGAAGGACCCUGGUGAUCCCCCAGGGAUAGUUUGAUUAGUUUUAAUGUCUCUUGAAAGUUGAAAAAAAAAUUUUUCUCUCCAAUUUAGCAAAUAAUCUGGACACUGUCUAGUAAGUAGCUUAUAAGUGGAUUAUAAGUCACCAUUGAAAAUAACUUAAUAGGAAAUGCACCACAGAUUUUGUAGUUGUUUUCAAGUCCAUUUUUUGUAUUAUCUGGGUAUUUUAGAUGAGAGCUAUCUUGUAUGUGCCGGUGAUAUGCACAUAGCCAUAAACAAGAUGUUCCUCCUCCCUGCCCCCCAAAUAAGAUAAUUGAUAGAAUAAAUAUGGAUUUUUAUUGAGAUAUUUGUUAGGAUUGCUACCCAGCCAAAGCAGAUGAGUUCUCCUGGCAUAAAGCAACUUGAGCAACAGAAUCAAGGUCUAAUUCCUGGUUGUAAUUUCUCUCAUAAAGGAAAAGUUGAAGGGAUGCCGAAUUAGCAAAGGAUGUCAGUUUCCAUUCUUGGAGCCCAUCUAGCAGUUGAAAUCAGCUCCCCUAAACUUACCCCUCUUGGAAGAUCUGUGGCAACCAUUAUCUUUGUUCUUUCUUUAUCAUGCAUUUAAAGGGAGAUGCAGAUUGCAAGUCGUUGCAUCUAACUGUACUCUGUAAAUAUGGACCUUUUAAAAUUAAAAUGUUAUUCAAGAUGGAUAUUAUUCAGCAACCUCUUAGCUAUUUGUUAGUUUUUGUGUUGUCAUAUCAAAGUUGAAUGGAUACCGUUCUAUAAAUGUGGAUGUGUUUUUUGUGUGUAUCUUCGAUUUUUAUAAAGACGGUAGUAAGUCAAUA